AAAAAAAAUUUGAGUCUCAUCUGCCAAAUUUUAAUCCCUAAAUCUAAGUUACCCGAAAAAUUUCUCUCAGCCUCCAUCUCUCACUCUCGUCUUUGAGCUUCAUCUUUGAGCUUCCAACCCAUUCCCCUUCAUCACCGUUCAUCACCGCCUCACUCUCCAUCUCAUCUCUGAGCUUGAAUCCAAAUACCUUCAUCACCGUUCACGAACCCAAACGCCUCAUACCCAGAAUACCCAGAUGGCUUCUCCUUCUCCGUAACGGCUACUUUUUUUCUUCUCAUACGGUCAGAGCAGGAGGAGACCUCAAGAUUGACCUGACUCUCUCUGGUUUUGUGGUGAAGAAGGACUUGUUCAUCGCUUUGUUGCUUCAGUGAAUGGACUGCGAUAACGACAAAAGUGCGCAAUGGGGUUGGCAAAAGGAUAGUUAUUUCCAAAAGGAUCCAAAUUACGUCAUGUCUGAAGGUCUUUGGAAUGGAGUGGCUCAUAAUGAAGAAGAUAUUUCUUAUAUGUUUGAUGAGGAAACAACCCCAGUUAAGGCCUGCAUGGAUUUGGAAUACCAUGUUGACCAUAAAGAUACUAUGAACAAGGAAGUUGAAGAAUGUAGGGAGUCCUUUUCACAAUUGAAGAGGCGCCGAAUGCUACAGUUUACCAAUGAUGACUUUGAUAACUCCCUUCUCUGUGAUGAGAUUUCUUCCGUCUUCCUUAAAUCAAAUGAGGUUGAUUCACUUGAGGAGGCUUUACCUUCUGCAUCUGAUUGGAUCUCUGGAUUUACAGAAGAUACAUCUGCGUCUGCCUCUGGAUAUGAGACCCUGGAUCAUUCAGACGAAUGGAUUACUGAUUGCCUUAAUGAUAAUGAGAUGCAUUUCAGCUCUGAUACUAUGAAUACUUCUGGCACAUCUGAUUUUCAAAUUGAUAUUGCAGAGUUUUGCGAGAUUGCACCCGAGUAUGAAAAUAAUUUGCCACAACAACGUGUUUCUACUCCACAGAAGAUAGUUUUCAAAGAUGGUGUAGAUUUUCUUUCUCAUGGUCAUGAUUUAGUCUUUUGGGGAAUUUUAGUUGGCACUUCAGAUUUGAUUAGCUUACAAUAUUCUUGUACAGUUAAAGAGUACACAAAAUUUGCUGCAUGA